AUGAGGGAUCAGGACACGGACUGCGGAGUCCGUCGGCUUCCACCACGCGAGGUGGUAGGGGAGCUUCUAGAGGAGCUUCUCGAGGAGCUUCUUCUAGAGGAGCUUCUCAAGGAUCUUCUUCUAGAGGAGCUUCUCGAGGUCGUGCUCGCCACCGUGGAGCAAUCAGGCGCAGUCCACAAGCACAAGCUACAACGACGGCAAACACUGGCUCGAAUGACGACGAUGAUGAAGGUGAGAGUGAUAACCAGAGCGCGAGUUCGGCAAAGAACAGUCCCGAAGCUGCUUCGAACACCGGAGGCAAGAAAACUUCAGAUAGUGUACGAAGGCAACCAAGAACUCGACAAUAGGAACAAUGAAUCCCAGGGGGGUGCGCAGAAUGCCCCUCAGGCCGAUUCACCCAUGCCAGACGCCCCUCCGGUCGAUUCGCCCAUGCCCGAUGCCACUUCGGGGCCUAUUUCCGGUGACAGCGUUUACGCGACUCCACAAGAGUAUCCGUCACAGAGUAGCAGCUCAGAUGAUGACAUGGCUGGGGGCUCUAGGCCACACGCUGGCAGCGGUGGAGGUGAUGGCCCGGACGACGAUUACGUCGACGAGGACGCCUCAGGAGAAGAAGUCAGUGACGAAAAUUUCAGCGAGGACGAGGACGAGGACGAGUACGAGGAAGAGCAGCCUUCGGCGAAGCGGAAGGGAAAGGGCAAGGCCCGAGCGAAGGCCAGGGCAACCCCCCCGGCACGGCCGACGACUGCAUCCCCGCGUCCGGCGGCGAGGACGACGCCAGAAGUGGAUAAUGAUCCGGCGGCAUGGCGUCGUUACGCCUCCGACGACCCCAUCGACUUCAAUCCCACUGCUUGUGACCAAUGCGCCCAGGCAGGCACCGCGUGGUCGUGCGACGUCGACUCCACCUUGAACUUUGCGUGUUCAAACUGCAAGGCGACGAGAAGGCCCGUUCCUCCCGACCAAGCAGCUGCCAGCGACAACGCCGCGGGCGAGACGGGCGAGACAGGCGAGACAGGCACUCCAGCCGCGGGCGAGACGAGCACUCCGGGCGAGGGCGCUACUCCGGCCUCGAGCGCUACUCCGGCCACUACCCCGGGCGAAGAGCAACCAUCCGGGCGCAGGAGAGCACGGCCCAAAGGGUUACUUACCGAGAAGCUCUGUUUCGUGGGCGGAAACCAGAUGCAGCGGCCCCCGAACCCGAGGCAAGGCCUCAUCAGGUGGUUUCGCCACAUGUGCGAUGGCUGCAAGGCGCUGUCCAGCAACGGGCAGAAGAACGGGACGCCAUGCAGUUGGCUACACGAUCGGACGUCGUGGGACGCGCCAUGUGCGCAGUGUGUCGCCAAGAAGAUGCAAUGUUUCACCAACUCGGUCCCCAUCGGCCCGCCACCGGAGGACGCCGUUUACGUUCCGCCCAAGAAGUGGACGGCGGACAUCCAGAUGCGCCAAGGAACGGCCGAGCUGCGUCGGAACUCGCCCGGCCGCAAGCAAUGCCUCGCGUGCCGCCGAGACGAUGCGCAUUGUCGGGCGUUGAUGACCCAUAUGACGGACGCGUGCAACAAGUGCUUCCAACUCGGCCUUGAUUGCGUCGACCAUGACCAGGCAAACGCCGCAGGGCAGGCGCCGUACCACCCGUUGUUCGACCUCAGCAGAAUCGGCUUUGGCAAAUUUCUGCCAUUCCAGGUUUGCGGGCGGUGUCUCGACAACGACCGCCCCUGUGACAAACAGCGUCCCUGCGACGCCUGCGUCAUUGCCGGCGAGGCGGACCAGUGUGAUCCCUACAACAACAGGCACCAAACGUUCAACGGUCGCGUCUCUCCCGGUCCUGGCCCGCUGUACUACCUGGCACUGGGCUACGGCCCGGCUGGGGUGUACGACAACAAGGAUGGCUCCCGCCUGUGUCACUGGGUUGGACCCCCGUAUCCCUGCUACGGGCUCGACCCGCGCAGGGACGAUUCAAAUUUCGAGACCAAGACGUGGUCCGCCAUCAUGCUCCGCAGGUUCCUGAGGCCUCGCGGCGUGCCGCCUCACGGAGGUCCCAACGGCCGCCUCACCAACCAGCUGCCGAGCAGCAUCAACGCCGUUGACAUCGACAACUGGGUCCUUGAGGGCUGGCCAGAGGCUUACCUGCUCUCGACCCAGCCUAAGCUUCAAGAGCUCAUCGCCUGGGGCCGUAUUACGGAGUGCAAGAAGGGGGAACCGGAGCACCGAAAGCAGCUACGCAAGCUGAAGCAUCUCAUUGCGCCGCCUGAUGACGACUCCAGCGAUGACGACAACGGCGACGGCGGCGGCGACGGCGGCGGCGGCGGCGGCGACGACGACGACGACGACGACGACGACUCCAGUGAUGAUGGCGACGGCGACAACGGUGGUGGCGGCGCCGGCGGCGGCAGGAAGCGGACUCGCGGGGCCGGCACCGGGGAUCACGGCCGGGCGUCAAAGAGGCAGCGAACAGCAACUUCUGGCACCGGGCAGACGGACAUGCCCGAAGGACCGCCUGCGCCGGUGGUCACUCAAGGGCCGGCGUCUUUGCUAUUCCCGCCUACGAGUGGCCUUCCGGUCUCCGGGCCUGACUCUAAUCCCCUUCCGCAGCAGAACCCCCUUGGCCCCGGGACGCAACUACUACAGUUUACAUACCCAGACCCAGCCCCAGCCCAGACUUCCAGCUCGGGCCAAGUCCCCGGCAAUCUCGCUAUCGCAAACGACGGUAGAUUCGGUGUCCCUAGCAACAUCGCAAUCACUGCUUCCUCGCUCUUGGCGGCUCGAAACGCAGCGCUGGCCGCGGCGCAGGCCGCGGCGACGGGCGUGAAUCCCCCCGUCCCUGACCUGACCGCCUGGAACCCUCCAGUGCAAACGGGCAGUGCUCAACUGCAAGCGGGCAAUGCUCAAGUGCAAGCGGGCACUGCUCAAGUGCAAACGGGGGCUGCUCAAGUGCAAACGGGAAAUGGCACAGGGCAGGAUACCACGUUCGUGGACGCAGCGUUCUCAGAUUGGGACAUCGGAUGGCCUGCCGACCUGGGGGCGUCGUCGCAACAGUUUGGAAGCGGAGAUGACUCGUACGCUCUCCAGUCCAACAUUGAUCCGAAUCUCCUGACCAGCCAAACAGACCCGCAACAGAAUGAACAAUACCAGCAGCAGCAGCAACAACAACAGCAGCAGCAGCAGCAGCAGCAGCAGCAAUUAGAACAGCAGCAACUACAGCAACAGCAGCAGCAACAACUAGACCAGCUGCAGCAGCAACUACAACAGCAACAGCAGCAACUACAACAGCAACAGCAGCAACAACUAGAGCAGCAGCAGCAGCAACAGCUAGACCAGCUGCUGCAGCAGCAACAACUAGAACAGCUGCAGCAGCAGCAGCAACUACAACAGCAGCAACAACAACUUGCUCCUAUUGACCCAACAGGGGCGUUCCAGGUUCAACCGUCGCCGCAAGGUCUGGUGCAGCUGCAACAGCAGGGGCAGCUGCAACAGCUACAUCCACAGCAGCAGCAAUUUGCUCCUGUUGAUCAGACUGGAGCGUUCCAGGUUCAGACGUCGCCAGUAUACCAGUUGCCGGGACAGCAGCAGCAGCUAAUACAGCCACAGCAGCAGCAAUUUGCUCCUGUUGACCAGACCGGGGCGUUCCAGGUUCAGACGUCGCCAGUAUACCAGCCGCCGGGACAGCAGCAGUUUGCUCCUGUUAACCAAACUGGGCCGUUCCAGGUGCAGAUAUCGCCGGUAUACCCGCAACCCGGACAACAGCAGCAGCAGGUAAUACAGCCACAGCAGCAGCUACUACAACUGCCGCAGCAGCAGUUUGCUCCUAUUGACCAGACUGGGGCGUUCCAGGUUCAGACGUCGCCGGCAUAUCCGCUGCCUGGACAACAGCAGCAGCAGCUACUACAGCCGCAGCAGCAUCAGCUUGCUCCUGUUGACCAGACCGGGGCAUUCCAGGUGCAGCCGUCACCAGGUUUCCCUACGGUGCCUGGGUACGCGCCGUCGGGACAGGCCUCGACAUACAACAAUUUCAACCCGCAGCAGUUCACAGGGGCGGUCGCCAAUACUGCCAAUCAGACGAAUGUGUUCGCUGGGCAGAAUUCUGGCUUGGGCCAGCAGACGGCUCAGACAAACGUUACGGACUGGUCCAACACGAUGCCACCGCCGCCGGCUCCGAUUCCCUACUCAUCACAGUCCAUGCCACCGCCGAAUUAUAACAGCUUCAUGGACCGACAGGUGUCCAUGGCAAGCAUGGGCAGCUCGAUCGGCGAUCCGGUUCAGCCGUCACUCCUUGACCCCAACUUGGUCGCGAAUGCUGAGCCUCAGUUCGGAAUACAAGGUGCACAAGCCGACGUCCUAGGAACGGGGGUCCAGGGAAUGAACUUCGACUCCAACGAUUUCAACAUGUCGGGGCAGAUGGACGUUGACAUGACGGGCAUGAAUGCAGCUGCCUACCAGCAGCAACAGCAGCAGCAGCAGGAUGAUGCCAUCUCCCAGCAACAACUCCUGGACAUUGCCGCCGCCGCGCUGGAGAUGCAACCGCCCCAGGACACGGCUACCGUGCAGCAGCAACUCCUGGAUAUUUCCACCUCCCAGCAGCAGCCACUACAACAGGAUGAUGCCUCUCAGCAACAACAACUCCAAGAUUUUGCAAAUUUGCAGCAGCUGCAGCCCCAGGAUGUUGCCAACCUGCAGCAGGAGCAACUCCAGGACGAUGCCUCUCAGCAACAGCAGCAACUUCAGGAUCUUGCGAACUUGGAGCAGCAGCAGCAGCAGCAGCAGCGGCAGCAGCAGCAGCAGCAACCCCAGGAUGCUGUCAACGUACCGGAGUCGCAAAUCCAGUAUUCAGCCGCCAUGCAGCAGCAAAUCCAGGAUAUGGCCGCCUCGCUGCUACAGCUGCCCCAGGACUCGGCCAUCUCGCAGGAGCAGCAUAUCCAGAAUAUUGCCGCCUCACUGCAGCAGCUGCCCCAAAACACGGCUACCUCGCAGCAGCAGCAACCUCAGGAUGCUGUGACCUCGCCGGAGCAGCAGCAGCAGCAACUCCAGGAGUUUGUGAGCUUGGAGCAGCUGCUGCCUCAGGAGGCAGCCACCUUGGAGCAGCAGUCACCACUCCAGGAUGACGCCACUCUGCAACAGCAUCUCCAGGAUUUGGCGGCCUCGGAGCAGCAGCAGUCACCACUCCAGGAUGAUGCCUCUCCGCAACAGCAAUUCCAGAAUUUUGCGACCUCGCAGCAGCAGCAGCAACAGCAGCAGCAGCAACCCGACUUGAGCCAGGAAGAAAUCAACUACUCGAAUUUCAUCGACUUUUCUCCCUAG